AUGGAGCAGAACGUUGAGCUAGAGCAAAGUGACGUGAACCAAACGUGUUUUGAAUCGCAACGUUGUGGAAAUACCCUGAAGAAGAUUGGUCGUGGCGAUGGUUUGAUGUAUUUCUCCCACGAGAACAACUGUUGGAAGCCGCCGUACUGCAACUUCGCACGUGGCUUUCAUAUCUUCCCCGGAAAUGCCUUGCACUUCAUGAUGCCAACGUGUCCGCAAAAAGAAUCAAUGUCCAUCUUCCCCGUUAUGUCGAAUGGGAUGACAUGUGAAGAUCCACUCGGUCAAUUUAUGGAUCCCGAAGUCAAGUUGGACGUUCUUGUCCGCAGCAAACUGAAUCCGAACGCUCCGGAAUUUCGUUCCCAGAGAAGCACUAGUUCCCCUAGUGUUUUAGACAUCAUGACUGAGAAGUUUGGCAUCGUUCAUCGUACCGAGAUUGUCGAUCCGGUGGUUUGUUCCGACAUGUCCGCGCCAACAUCUUGGCGGGACUGUCGGAAUCCACUGAUCCUUUCCAUUCUUGGUGAUGAUUCUUCUGACAUUGGAGGAGAUGACGAAGAAUGGGAUUGUGUGGAUGGUUACGAUCCCCAGCACGGCAACUCAACGAGUCAGAAGACUUUGGAACUUGCACGGAAGCGCGUCCAUUUUAAGGAAGAAGUUCAAAUCCAUGAACUCGACGAUGCUGAUGAACCAUCUCGUGCUGGACCCUGGCACUCCAUUUAUCUAGACUCGGUGCGUUUCCGGGACCGAGUAGUUCGUGUGGAGUCUCUCCUCUCUUCAGUUCUGCAACCUGAUCAUCGUUCUAGAAUUUACGAAUCCCGAUUCUCUGUGCCUUCAACUUCGGUUCCCCGUUAAACUGCUUUAAGUUGAGGUUUUAUGGUCGCUGAAUAACCUUUGAAGAUGGUUUAUUUUUUGCGUGGUGGUCUACUUCGGUAAGCGGGGUUCGUCAUAUGAUUAAAAUGCUUUUUGUGUGAUUUCGGAUGAGUUUGGCGUACAUAAUUACUGGUUUCGUCAGAAA